GUAGCUUGUUGCUGUUGUACUUGUCAUUCAGACAUCCCAGGAAUUCAACACGACUAGGAGCAAACCAGCUCGGCACAGCGAGGACACUUUCCACUCGAAAUCACGUCCCCGUCGCCGAGAAAGGUGAAAGGAAACACCGUCUGUUCUCAGAAUAGGAGAAGUGUCGAGGACAGCGGCAGCAACAGACGCUGGUUUUGUACAUUUGUGUGAGCAGCAUGCAGACGUGAGGGCAGACAGAGACCCCCUGCUACAACCCUGGACUGAGUGACCUCCUCUUCAUCCCCCCUUUGUCAUCAUACAUGCUCUUACAUGAAGAGAGGGGAGAAACCCGAAGGAUACAGACAGAUGAGACCCAAAACGUUCCCCACCAGCAACUACAGUGGCAACAGCCAACAAAUGCUGCAGGAAAUACGGAACAGCCUGCGCAACCUGUCCAAACCCUCCGACCCGCCUAAAGUGGACAUUGGUGGAGCAGGAAAAAUGCUUCCCGAGGACCCGAGGCAACAGGGUCGCUGCAGCAACCCCAAAAACCCCUACCACAAGGCCUUACAGGAGAUCCGUAAAUCCCUGAUGCCUUUCGCCAACGGGCCCAGCACCUCAGGCCCCGAGGUGAACAAGCACAUGUCUCUGGAAGUCCCGUUUGCUGGGUUUGAGGAGCAGAGCAACAGUCGCAGUAUGGGGGCAGUUAUAGACUACAUGGGUAAGGUGAGCUACCAGGAGUCGAUGAGGGAACAGAUGGCUGCUGCCAACCCCAACACCACAGGUCUGAAAGCCCCAGGAGCUCCUCAUAUCUCGCAGGCCGUGCUGAGGAGGCCAAGCUGGAAAGGUUCUAAGGAGUCUUUGGCUCCUCGACACGGUCCUCUGAUGGUGGAUGGUAUGAUGUACCGCUCAGACAGCCCCGGACCGCCUCCCGCCUUCCCACAGGGUCACCCUGCUAACAGCCAGAGAGUCAACCCUCCACUGCCGCCACAGGUGCGCAGUGUCACACCUCCACCAAACCGCGGUGCCAUGCCUCCUGCACCGUCCUGGGACAGCAACCCAUCAACCAAGCGUUACUCUGGCAACAUGGAUUACCUUGUGCCCCGCAUCUCCCCCGUCCCCCAGGGGGCCUGGCCUGAGGGCUACCAAGCUGCACCACCCCAGAAUCAGCGCGGGAUCAGCCCGGUGCCUAUGGGCCACCAGCCCAUCAUAAUGCAAAACUCUGGGGGGAAUAAGUUCACCUUCCCCCCCAGCUGGUCUCAGAGUGGCUCCCCUCAGUCAGACUACAUGGCGGGGGGCAGCAGACAGCCUCCCCCCCCAUACCCGGUCAACCAGAGCAGCCGGCACAGUCCCACUGACCAGCAGAUGCAGACAGGAGGACCUGCGUCCUCUCCUUCUUACGUCAACGGAGGAAACAUCCCUCCGUCCAUGAUGGUCCCCAACCGGAACAGUCACAACCUCGACAUGUACAACAUAGGUCCUCCUCAGUCCUGGUCCCAGGCUCCUCUGGCCUCCAACCAGCCCCAGUCUUCCUCUGGAAACAGCAGCAACCAGGACCUGUCCCCGUCAUGGCAGCACAACAUUCCAGUUCGCUCUAAUUCCUUCAACAACCACCAGCUGAACGGCAGACCGGCGCACCCAUCCAGCUCCCAGCCCUCUGCCACCACCGUCACCGCCAUUACCCAGGCUCCCAUCCUGCAGCCAGUCAAAAGCAUGCGUGUCCAGAAACCUGAGUUACACACGGCUGUCGCUCCCACACACCCUCCCUGGAUGCAGCAGGCUCCAGCGCCUCCGGCUGCACCAGCUUACCAGGAGCCCUCAGCCCCUGUAGCUCAGAUCCCUGUCGUAGCAGAAGUCCCCAGCUACCAGGGCCCCCCUCCGCCUUACCCUAAGCAUCUCCUCCAGCAGCAGGCCGCACCCAGCCCCCCUGCCUACGAUCCAGGGGCCAAUAAGCUCGGCACGGGCAGAGAGGAGCCUGCUGAAGAGGAGAGCGGCGGCGGCGGCGACGGUUCCCGAGAGAAGACGACAGAAACGGCCGAAAGCGCCGCGGCGACAGAGAAAGAGAAGAAGCAAAUCACGACGUCGCCUGUUCCUGUCCGCCGGAACAAGAGAGACGAAGAGCGGCGAGGGGAGUCCGGAAGAGUCGCUCUGUACUCCCCCCAGGCCUUCAAGUUCUUCAUGGAGCAACACGUGGAGAACAUCCUGAAGAACCACCAGAUGAGGAUUCGGAGGAGGAAGCAGCUGGAAAGCGAGAUGCAAAGGGUGGGUUUGUCUUCAGAAGCUCAGGAGCAGAUGCGUAUGAUGCUCUGUCAGAAAGAGUCCAACUACAUCCGCCUGAAGCGGGCCAAGAUGGAUAAAUCCAUGUUCAAACGCAUCAAGACCCUCGGCAUCGGAGCCUUCGGAGAGGUGUGCUUGGCCAGGAAGGAGGACACGGGAGCGCUGUACGCCAUGAAAACGCUCCGUAAGAAGGACGUGCUGCUACGAAACCAAGUGGCCCACGUCAAGGCUGAGAGGGACAUCCUGGCUGAGGCCGACAACGAGUGGGUGGUGCGUCUCUACUACUCUUUCCAAGACAAGGACAACCUGUACUUUGUCAUGGAGUACAUCCCUGGAGGGGACAUGAUGAGCCUUCUCAUCCGGCUCGGCAUCUUCAAAGAAGAGCUGGCCCAGUUCUACAUCGCGGAGCUCACCUGUGCUGUGGAGAGCGUCCACAAGAUGGGCUUCAUCCACCGAGACAUCAAGCCCGAUAACAUCCUCAUAGACCGAGACGGACACAUAAAGCUCACCGACUUCGGCCUUUGCACCGGCUUCCGCUGGACACACGACUCCAAGUAUUACCAGAGUGGGGACCAUGUGAGGCAGGACAGCAUGGACUUCAGUAAGGAAUGGGAAGACCCAGCCAACUGCCGCUGUACGGACCGUCUGAAGCCUCUGGAGAGGAGGAAGGCCCGGCAGCACCAGCGCUGUUUGGCACAUUCACUGGUGGGGACGCCCAACUACAUAGCACCAGAAGUACUGCUCCGAACAGGUUACACCCAGCUCUGUGAUUGGUGGAGCGUUGGUGUGAUCUUGUAUGAGAUGGUUGUUGGGCAGCCUCCUUUCUUGGCGACCACACCCCUGGAGACGCAGCUGAAGGUGAUAAACUGGAAGAGCAUGCUGCACAUUCCCCCGCAAGCCAAGCUCAGCCCCGAGGCGUCGGAUCUCAUAGUCAAAUUGUGCCGCGGCCCCGAGGACCGCCUCGGCAAGAACGGAGCGGACGAGAUCAAAGCUCAUCCUUUCUUCAAGACCAUCGACUUCUCCAGCGACCAGCGGCAGCAGGUGGCGCCCUACAUCCCCACCAUCGCACACUCCACGGACACCUCCAACUUCGACCCCGUGGACCCGGACAAACUGUGGAGCAGCGACAGCGACGGCGAGGACAACCUCAACGACACCCUCAACUGCUGGUUCCGCAACGGCAAACACCCCGAGCACGCCUUUUACGAGUUCACCUUCCGCCGCUUCUUCGACGACAACGGCCACCCGUACAGCUGCCCCAAACCCAUCGAGUACGAGAGUUACAACGGGGACGAGGCGGACGGCGAGGGCCCGGCGCAGGAGCCGCCAGUAAGCUCAGCGGCGACCCAGGGCCGAGACCGUGGUCUAGGCGAUGUAGCGACCUGCCGAGUUGAGCCGCUUGUACGAUAA